CUCCGAGACCCGCCCAGCGACCUGACAUCACACGGGGUCACUCCUUUUUCCCCGUGUAGACCGACGCCCAGAUCCCAUUCUUCCUCGCUCUCUCAUCCAGCCCCCGCUCUCUCCCCCGUCCUUUGUAAUCAACGACGACCGCCGUCGCCAACACUGCCCCGAUUUACCGGGCCCACUCCGCGAACCGGUACCCGGCCCGCGACCUGACACGGGCGCUCUGCCCUCGCUUCGGCUCUUCCCCCCCUGCUAGCCGCACUGCUGCUAAUUAACCGCAAGCGGCCGGCGUCCUUCCGCUCCUCAAAAAAGCCGAGAGAGGGGGUGGUGGAGGCCGAGAGGGGCAGCGCCACUAGUGAACGCGGUUGGGGGGAGUCGGACGAGGCCUAGGGUUUCCGGAGACCACCUCCUGCGCCGCCGCCGUUCGCCGAGCCGCCUGCUCAGCGCCCACCAUGGUUAGGAAGAAGAGAACUGGUCCUGCCAGCCCUGGAGAGAGUUCUGGGGAGGCUUCGGGAGCUUCUGGGCAGGGUUCCUCACAGCGAACUGAAAGAGCUCCUCAACAGCAUGGUGGUGGACGUGGUUGGGUACCUCCACAGGGUGGCCGUGGUGGUGGGCCACACCAGGGGCGUGGUGGACCCUAUCAGGGCCCUGGUGGGCCAGCUCCACCGGAAUUUCAACAGCGUGAUUAUCAGGGACGUGGACAUGCAGGUGGUGGCCCACCUGAAUAUCAACAGCGUGACUAUCAGGGACGUGGACAUCCAGGUGGUGGUCCACCUGAAUAUCAGCCGCGUGACUAUCAGGGACGUGGUGGUCCAAGGCCCAGAGGUGGUGGAAUGCCGCAGCCAUACUAUGGUGGGCAUAGGGGAGGUAGUGGUGGACGCAAUGUUCCCCCAGGUCCAUCAAGAACAGUUCCCGAGCUGCACCAAGCCCCUCAUGUCCAAUAUCAAGCCCCGAUGGUUUCCCCAUCCGCAUCGGGAGCUGGCUCAUCCUCUCAGCCCGUGGUGGAGGUGAGCAGUGGACAAGUCCAGCAACAGUUUCAAAAACUUGCCAUCAUUGACCAAAGUUCGACCAGCCAAGCCUCUCAACUGGCACCAGCGUCGAGCAAAUCAGUUAGAUUCCCAUUGCGCCCUGGAAAGGGUACAUAUGGGGAUAGGUGUGUCGUCAAGGCAAACCAUUUCUUUGCUGAGCUUCCUGAUAAGGACCUCCACCAAUACGAUGUGACCAUAACGCCAGAGGUUACAUCACGUGGUGUUAAUCGUGCUGUGAUGGCAGAACUUGUUAAGCUUUACAGACAAUCUCAUUUGGAUGGACGUUUACCUGCUUAUGAUGGAAGGAAGAGCCUCUAUACAGCUGGGCCGUUGCCGUUUACGUCAAGGACAUUUGAAAUUACUCUGCAAGACGAAGAAGAAAGCCUUGGUGGUGGACAAGUCGUGCCAAGGCGCGAGAGACAAUUCAGGGUGGUGAUCAAAUUUGCUGCUCGUGCUGAUCUCCACCAUUUGGCUAUGUUUCUAGCUGGGAGGCAGCCUGAUGCACCACAAGAAGCUCUUCAGGUGCUUGAUAUUGUGCUACGUGAAUUGCCUACUGCAAGGUAUUCUCCAGUUGGCCGAUCAUUUUAUUCUCCAAACUUAGGGAGACGUCAGAAACUUGGUGAAGGUUUGGAAAGUUGGCGUGGAUUUUACCAAAGUAUAAGACCUACACAGAUGGGACUAUCGCUUAAUAUUGAUAUGUCUUCUACUGCAUUUAUUGAGCCUCUCCCUGUGAUUGAAUUUGUUGCUCAGCUUCUGUGUAGAGACAUCUCAGUUAGACCGCUGUCUGAUUCAGAUCGUGUGAAGAUUAAAAAGGCGUUGCGAGGUGUAAAGGUGGAGGUGACGCAUCGAGGGAACAUGCGUAGGAAAUAUCGUAUAUCUGGUCUAACGUCACAAGCUACACGAGAGCUAUCAUUCCCUGUCGAUGAACGUGGUACUGUAAAAACCGUGGUGCAAUACUUCCUGGAGACAUAUGGUUUUAAUAUUCAGCACACCACUCUGCCUUGCUUGCAAGUGGGCAAUCAGCAGAGGCCGAAUUAUCUUCCUAUGGAGGUUUGUAAGAUUGUUGAAGGACAACGUUACUCGAAGCGCCUGAAUGAGAAACAGAUAACUGCUCUACUGAAAGUCACUUGCCAACGCCCUCAGGAGCGCGAAAAGGAUAUCUUGACGACUGUGCAUCACAAUGCAUACUAUGAGGAUCCAUAUGCACAGGAAUUUGGCAUAAAAAUUGAUGAGCGCCUUGCAUCGGUUGAAGCUCGUGUUCUUCCCCCGCCAAGACUUAAGUACCAUGAUAGUGGCAGAGAGAAGGAUGUCUUGCCCAGAAUCGGCCAGUGGAAUAUGAUGAACAAGAAAAUGGUGAAUGGUGGUCGAGUCAGUAACUGGGCAUGUAUUAACUUCUCUCGGAAUGUUCAAGAUAGUGCUGCCAAGGGUUUCUGCCAUGAGCUGGCUAUAAUGUGCCAAAUAUCUGGAAUGGACUUUGCACCUGAACCUGUGCUACCCCCACUUACCGCGAGACCUGAGCAUGUGGAAAGAGCACUAAAGGCUCGUUAUCAAGAUGCCAUGAACAUAAUCAGACCCCAGGGCAGAGAACUUGAUCUGCUAAUUGUUAUACUGCCUGACAAUAAUGGUUCUCUUUAUGGGGAUCUCAAAAGGAUUUGCGAGACUGAUCUGGGAUUGGUAUCUCAAUGUUGUCUCACAAAGCACGUCUUUAAGAUGAGCAAGCAGUAUCUUGCCAAUGUAGCACUUAAAAUUAAUGUUAAGGUAGGAGGAAGGAAUACUGUACUUGUUGAUGCUUUGACAAGGAGGAUUCCCCUUGUUAGUGACAGACCAACCAUAAUAUUUGGUGCUGAUGUUACACAUCCUCAUCCUGGUGAAGAUUCCAGUCCUUCCAUUGCCGCAGUGGUUGCUUCCCAAGACUGGCCUGAGGUCACCAAGUAUGCAGGAUUAGUGAGCGCACAAGCCCAUAGACAAGAGUUGAUACAGGAUCUAUUUAAAGUAUGGCAGGAUCCCCAAAGAGGAACUGUGACUGGUGGCAUGAUCAAGGAGCUUCUCAUUUCUUUCAAGAGGGCAACUGGGCAAAAGCCACAGCGAAUCAUAUUUUACAGGGAUGGUGUCAGCGAAGGACAGUUCUAUCAAGUUCUGUUGUAUGAGCUUGAUGCCAUUAGAAAGGCCUGUGCAUCCUUGGAGCCAAAUUAUCAGCCUCCAGUUACCUUCGUAGUUGUCCAGAAGCGUCAUCAUACCAGGCUUUUUGCUAAUAACCACAACGAUCAGCGUACUGUGGAUAGAAGCGGGAAUAUACUGCCUGGCACUGUUGUUGAUUCCAAGAUUUGCCAUCCGACAGAGUUUGAUUUCUACUUGUGUAGCCAUGCUGGCAUUCAGGGAACAAGCCGCCCUGCUCAUUAUCAUGUUCUGUGGGAUGAGAACAAAUUUACUGCUGAUGAGUUGCAAACUCUCACAAACAACUUGUGCUACACGUACGCAAGGUGCACCCGCUCUGUAUCAAUAGUGCCGCCGGCAUAUUAUGCACAUUUGGCGGCCUUCCGAGCAAGAUUUUACAUGGAGCCAGAUACCUCUGACAGUGGGUCCAUGGCAAGUGGUGCCCGUGGCCCUCCACAGGGUGGUUCGCGCAGUACAAGGGCGUUUGGGAAUGUUGCUGUCAGGCCUCUGCCUGCCCUCAAGGAAAACGUGAAGCGUGUCAUGUUUUACUGUUAAGAUCAUUCUCUGGGGAAUUGCCUAGAUCAUUUUAUGUAGUUGAACUGUAUUGGUAAUGCUGUCUGCACCGCGUGUGAACUUAAAAGAUUGUCUGCUGAUUGGGCUGUUCUGCUAUGUGAAGUGUUCGUGUAACAAUCUACCUUUCUAUGACUGGUGUUUAUGAUAUAUCGUGGAACCUAUUAGUAUGUCUUAUCACUUCUGGUACUGCUCUGAAAGGUUGUUCCGGUUGUAUAUCUGUGAUCCGAUCUUUAGUCAUCAAUGAUUGCAAUUAGCCUGUGCCUUGGGUUUGUCUGCUAAACAAUUGAGUUUUCAAUAAUAAGAUUACAUUGUUGCA